ACAUCUCUGAGCAGAAUUAGACGGUGUUUUUGUUGGUGCGAGUGAUGAAUGUUUUUCUUUUCGAUUCGAGUUUGUUGAUGUGAUCGUGUGUAGCCCCCUGAGCGAAUCUCCAUAAACAAACAGCCGCUAAAGAGCCAAGGACAAUUUCCACUCAAUCAAACAAGAACUGGUCCGGCGUGCUUGCUGUGUUUUUAUUUAAAUCUCUUAUGUAAUCCCCUGCCAGCAAGGACUUGGCCUACCCGCAGUUGCCAUAAAGGGCGAAGGUCGCUGCUUUUCAAUGGCCGAAAAUGAAGGGUCGCCUGAUGAACGAGGAGAGACUGACAAAGAAGAUCUCAGUUAUUCGCACAAAUGCAGACAGGACUUGCCGUCUGCUUUGGUGAGAAGAGACUCGGGAUAUCCAGAUCAUGGGUAUGGAAGGAGGAUGCAGGUGGCUGCCGAGAAGGCACUCGUGGGAAAAGAAGGAGAAUAUGCUGACAGGCAAUUCGAAAUUCCAACACCAAGCAAAUCAACUUUUCUUAUGGUCUUCAGUCCCAAUGGGAAACUAGUCGCAUCAACCCACGGUGACCACUCCAUUUACGUUAGCAAUGUGGCAAGUGGUAAAUGCAUCCGGCAACUGAAGGGCCACCCUAGGACUCCUUGGUGCUUGGCCUUCCACCCAGCCAACAACAAUCUGCUGGCCUCUGGCUGUCUUGGAGGAGAAGUACGAGUGUGGGAUCGUGACGGUGCUAGUGAGGUUUGGAGUUCUGGCGGUCAAACAGUGAUCGCUUCACUCGCGUUCCACCCCACCUCGGACAGUCUGCUGGUGAUCGCCACCCACAACGAACUGCACUUCUGGGACUGGAACCGCAAGGUGCCGUUCAUGAAGAUCUGCACCAACCACGACAAAGAACGUGUCAGAUUUGUCACUUUUGACGCAACUGGGCAUUUGCUGAUCACGGGAAUUGCAAAUCGACUGAUGUACACGUCUGUGAUUGAGACUAAUGAGCCUCAAAAUCCUAUUCAGUGCAGCGUUUUACAGCAAAGUACAAGCUACGAAGACAACACGGCUUCAACGUCGACUCUCGGCAGCAACCUUGAACCUCAGCAAAGUGAGGAGCCAGCUGCUGAGACGCAGUCAGAGCAGCAAUCAAGACUGGAAAUGGAGCAGCGGCCGCCGGUGAUGCUGCGGACGCUCAAUGAUCGUUUGCGCUCCGAGGCAUCUUCAUCAGGCUCGACCAGCUCAUCAUCAUCGUCGCCGCCUGCGUCGUCGUCGUCGUCGCGCUACCUCUACCUGCGCAACGCCACGGCGUCAGCCGCUGCUUCUGGGGCGGCAGGAAGCGAGGAGCGCGGCCGGAGUUCGCUGCCGCCGCGGCGCUCGUCGAUGUCGGCGCAGACGCGACGCAGGGUGCCUGUCUCUUCGAGCUUUCUGGCCAGGAAUGAAGCAAGCCGCACGCUCAGCUCACAGCAGAACCGCCGCCUCUUCGUGCGCGAGUUCGCCAACCAGCUCUUCUCCAUGUUCGCGAGCUAUGUGCACGAAAUGUCCUCAGACAGCGAAAACGACGGCCUUGACCCAGAACCGGCCCCCUCCGCUUCCAUUGCUGCUGCCAGAGCCCGCGCUACCGCCGCCAUUGAGUCGCCACUCACCGAGAGAUACAGACGGUACCGACCUUUGAGGGUUGGCCGAUGGAACACAAACUUUGUCGCGCAGGGCAACUUCGCAGUUCACUCCCCGAGCGAAAUGGCCACUGAGGGAAAUCGCGCGCCGACAAUUGGGGAAAGAGCUCUUUCAGGUUACAUAUUUGCGAACAUCCACGUGAAUCACAGAAUCCAGUGUUGGACUUUUAGUGCGCAGAAUUUCCCUCCUGACAUCACAGACUCGUCAAAGAACAUUGUGGUCCCUAAGUGUAAAAUAAACAAUGACUCCAGUGUCAGCAUCUCAUCAUGCAACCAAAUGCUGGCCGCAAUUAUACCAGAGUUCCAAACGCAUGACGUGAAAAUCAAUGUUUACAGCAUGGCGAAAGACACACUUGGACUUCUCCUCUUCACGCAUUCAUUGGUCAGAAAUGUGGUUUCUGUCAGCUUCUCGCCCAGUGCUCAGUUCCUCUUGGUUGGCUUUGCAGCCAACCGGCUGCUUGCUUUUCGAAGAGAUGAAUACCCAAUGGCGCAGAUUUUCGAAGUGUGCCAUCCUGAAAAGUCAUUCAAAUCCGGCAAGACGCAGGGUUUGGAGUUUAGGCGUUCGGUGAUGCAGAAAAGUGACGUCACUUGCACCUACAAAGGAAUCAAUUGCAUGCGGUGGACACCUAUCUCCGGCCAGGGCAUGAUGUACGGCACCAACACUGGCGAACUGAGAAUCAUGUAUUGAUCUCCCAGUGUUUCCCUGACGAAUUGUGAUCUCCGUCUUUUAAGUUAAAUCAUCACUUGUCAAAAAUGAAUCUUUGGUUUGUUUUGUUUUCAGCAUUACCAUGCGCGUUUUGUACUGAACUUUCUAGUUGUAUACGAUCCACGAUUUUAUUUUAGUUUUUUGUACGAGAUCAUACAAGUGCCUUCAGAAGAUAAUUAUGUGAAAUUUGGUGUCAUUGUCAGAUCCUUGAACAUAUUAUGAUCCACUUAAAACUUCUUUUAAGUUUAUAGUGGCGGUAUGGUAAUUGUGAGAACCUAAGCAUGAGCAUGUUUCAAAAUUACUGAAGAGAUUUACUAUUUUUCACUCUACCCUAAGUGAAAUUAUGUUUUUUAUGGCAAAAAAAAUAAACUAACAUCAACCAAUCAAUAACCAUAUAUAUAUAUAAAUAUAUAUAUUUCAUUGAACCUGCCUCAAAGUGCUGGUGUAAACUUGAAUUUACUUUGAAGAGAUUUUUAUUAAGUUUCAUACGAGGGCAACUAUAUGAGCCCCAUACAUAAACUGAAUUGAAUAAAUCAUGCUAGCUAUAUUUCCAUUGCUCUACAAAAUUACAUUAUAUUGUCUUUUAUUAUUUAUUUUUAUAAGAGAGAUAGAUAAUGAUUUGGUCUUUGCAAAUAUAAAGUGUAUAUUGAAUGGAGAAUAAAAUAAUAAAUAAAUAUUGAAAUAAAAUUUC